AGUAUAUAAAAAAAACAAACAAACAAACAAAAAACCUAAACAAAACAAAACAGUUAGUUAAGUUACCUGACGUGGGAACUAUUUUCAUCACAUGGGCUAUUAUUCAGCUGCUGUGUGCAUUUAAACAGUAGGCGAUGUGACACACAGUGCGGUUGCAGCUCCAGUGGGAGACGUAAUGAGAACCGUAUUGCACUGAGUCAGUGUGCAAAGUUGUCUGACUGUGCAGCAGCUAAACAGUUUGUGCUGCUGCAACAGAGUGUAAAAGCUCCUUCAGGUUAAAAGGAUGUAUGAUGAAGAGGCCGGGGUGGAGAGACAGUCACAUAGAGGACCUGUUGGCAUGCAUCCACCCUGAAAAAGUGUUCUUGAGCAAAACAAAUAUUUACAACCUUAAUGGUUAUUAUUACAGAGGUAGGACAGUUUAUAGAUGUUUGUAGUGGAUAGAGAGGACUCUUGGGUUUAUAUUGGGUUGCAGGGAUGAGUCAUGUAAAGUGACCUCUGCUGGGAAGAAACCUUCUUAAGGGACUAGUCUCUGCUGCCAAGGUAACUUUGAAUUACAUUUUUGGUAGUGUGAUUUUUAGUUUGAAUUAAUCAAUAUAAUGAUUAUCCCAGUAGUCCAUUUUCACAAAGAAGUUGAAAAACAGAAGUUGAGAAGCAGUUGAGCACAUUAGUAAAAGGUCAUUUUAGUUUGGUGGCUAUGACACAUUAACCUCUUCCUUUGAGUAUUAUGUUCCGAUCCAGUCAGCGCUGUCCUAAAACCUAAGUAACACAUGUAUAAUCUGUACUUAAAAGUUGGAUUCUUGCUUUGUCAUGCAUCACCCACCCCCACACCCAUUAACCCUCUAUUAAAGUAGUCACAGUGAGUGCUUUGCACAUUGUUGUAGUAAUUCAUUGGGGCUAUUGGCAUGUCCCUUCAUGUGCCUGCAACUGCUGCUGCUGAUCACCCUCAAACCCCUCAACAAUUAGGGUGGGCCUGAGUUUAUUGUUUGAGUUCAAAGAUGUCUGUGUUGGAGACAGGAUUAUGGGAUUUCCCCCCUUUACCUUUGGACUGAUCAUUUAGGAGGGGUUGGAGUAUUCCAUGUGCACUGUGUUGAAGCAGCUGAAACCUCAACAGUAUUUCACACUGUCUGGAUAGAGGAGAAGUUUGAAAAUGAAUAUUAGACACAUGACAUUUGAUGUUGGAAGAGAAACACUGGCUGCCAGGCUAAACACUGCGUGCAGAGAAAAAGAGGAGACUGUCUUUAGAAUACAAGGUGUGCUAAUCAUAUAUUAAUAAUAAGAUCACUUUCAGUGGCUUAACAAUCAUGACCAAACAAAGAAUCAAUUGAUUGGACACUUGGAUUUGAAAGGUCCACACCCCACCCAUCUUAUUACCAAGAUAGAGAGGUGCACUCCAUAAUAGGACACUGAUCUUUUGUCGCCCUACUUUAUUUGACUCAUCCCCGCAAACUCUCCCACUCUUUCCAGUCUUGGUUUAUCCCGUUCUGAACCCCUCCUGCCCCUCCCCUGACACAGCGCCUCAAUAAAACCCAUUCCAAAGUUGCCAUCAAGAGAAGCGCACGGCUGUAUCACACCAGAGGACAGUGCGCAGCGGCAGAUGAGUUAAUAGAGGGUAGUGUAUUUAACCCCCCCACGCACAGGAGGACUGUUUAUGAAGGAACCGCAUCCCCAGGCUAACUUUGGAAUAGUUAAAGCCGCGCGUAAAAUUUGGGUAAAAUGGUGACAAGCGCCUUGGCGACAUUAACGACCCUUCUGGCGUGGAGGUGCUGCGUGUUGGCCACUCAGGUCGCCUUCUCCAACUUCUCCAUGGACAACGAGGUGCGCUCCAGCUUCAUCCAGCGGCGGCUGCGGAGCCAGGAGCGCAGGGAGAUGCAGCGGGAAAUCCUCUCCAUCCUGGGGCUGCCGCACCGUCCGCGGCCGCACGUCCACACCAAACACAACGCUGCCCCGAUGUUCAUGCUGGACCUGUACAAUACAAUCUCUACAGACGCAGAGCCGCCCGGAUAUUCUUACUACAAGCCCCUUUUACCAACCCAGGCCUCCCCCAUGGUGACACCACAGGACAGCCGCUUCCUGGAUGACGCAGAUAUGGUGAUGAGCUUUGUCAAUCUUGUUGAUCAGGAUCAGGAUCUUCUGUACCAGCAGCACCAAAGGGAAUUCAGAUUUGAUCUUUCCCGUAUUCCAGAGGGAGAAGCUGUCACAGCAGCAGAGUUCAGGAUUUACAAGGACUUCAUCCAGGAACGCUAUGAGAACGAAACGUUCAGAGUCAGUGUCUACCAGGUCCUGCAGGAACCUCCAAACGGUGAAGUGGAGCUGCUGCUGCUGGACCAGCGUGAAGUGUGGGCUGCAGAGGAGGGCUGGCUGGUCUUUGACCUUACCGCCACUAGUAACCUCUGGGUGGUCAACCCUGAGCAGAACCUUGGCCUGCACCUGGUCCUGGAGGACAGACAUGGCCAGAGGAGGAGCCCCCAGCUGGCGGGACUGUUGACGGGCAGUGGACCCCAGGACAAGCAGCCCUUCAUGGUUGCCUUCUUCAAAGCCAAUGAGGUUCGCUUCCGCAGCAUCCGCUCUGCCCACGGCCAUAAGGGACGCCAGUCUAACCGCUCCAGAUCCCAGAAGACUGUACAUGAUGCACUAAAGGCAGUGGAGGCUGCAACAGAUAAUCUGGGCAUCUCCAAAGAGGGAUGUAAAAAGCAUGAGCUGUAUGUCAGUUUCAGAGAUUUGGGAUGGCAGGACUGGAUCAUAGCACCAGAAGGCUAUGCUGCGUACUACUGUGAGGGGGAGUGCGCCUUCCCUCUCAACUCCUACAUGAAUGCCACCAAUCACGCUAUUGUGCAAACUCUGGUGCACUUUAUCAACCCGGAGACGGUGCCCAAGCCCUGCUGUGCCCCCACACAGCUCCAUGGCAUCUCAGUGCUCUACUUUGAUGACAGCUCCAACGUAAUCCUCAAGAAGUACCGCAACAUGGUGGUCAGAGCCUGUGGCUGUCACUGACCGCUCGCCCCCCUCCCCUCCCAUGAGUUCUGCAAAUCCAGAGGGACACUUAAGAAAGGAGGACGCGAAGGGACCAGAUACAAGAGAUGACUGACUGCCUGUCACAGAAUGAGCUUUAAUCUGGGGAUUGUAUUUAUGACCAGCAGCUGAACCGCCCACGCAGUAUUAACCACUACCGCAAACCAAUUAGAACUGGUCACAGAGGAAGGUUGAACAAAGGAUUUUCUUAUGUUUUCCUUUCAGUGUGACUUGGAAAGUUUGCACUAAAAUGACCCAGAGAGGUUUCUUCAGAAACAAAACAUUUAAGAAAGUAAAAAGUUACUCAUAUUUAUCCCUGUUGGCAGAGAUUAUAUAACACAAACUGUAUCUGCAUUUGAAUUCUGUUGUGACCAUCAGGUAUGACGAUAUAAAAUGUUGCCUGGGUGAAAAUGUGCAUUUGAUAACAGACCUCACAGCUCAUACAACUUUGGAUCUCCAUCUUCCUGUUAAACCACUGAAUCUUGUCUUUCGGAACAGCUGGAUAAACUUGAGUCCUGAUAAAGAAAAAAAUCUGUGUUCUGUAACAAACUUAAGUGGUGUUGAACAGGUGUUCAGCAGGCCAGUUGGACCGGAUCAGGAGUAAGACAUCUGGCAGCGUGUCUGUGUGCUGCUGAUGUAGAGGAGCUCUGUAAAGAAUGACAGCCGAGACUGUUAAUAACGGUGUGUGGGAUUGAAAGGCCCGGCUUCUCCUGGUGCAGACAUACAGUAUAUCAUCGGGCUUGAGAAAGGCAUACAGUCUGCAAGAUGUCAGUAAUUCAUCUUCAUGAGACAGACAUCAGGUUUUGCACCAUCACCCCCACUGCAGCUGCCUUCUGGCAUCAGACCAGAGCUGCAGGAGGGCAAAGAGAGGCUGUAAUUUUAU